GCUUUAGCUUUUAGCUGGGCUCUCUCUCUCUCUGUAUCGCCAAGCAAAAUGCCUUCGAGUAGGGCCGUCGCUCCUCAGUUGACCGUCAAGAGAGCGGCCAUACACACCGACGUCAUUUUCUUGUUUGCUUAUAAACGCCAGCCCCGUCCAGUGAGUGAUUUUUUCUCGAUUGAAAAAUUUUGCCCGAUUGGGCCUGACUGUCAAGGAAAAGGAUGGUGGAAGCGGGAAGUUGACUCUGAGAAAAGUCAUUUGUUUCCCAUGUGGAUUAAUGGACGGUAGUCGUCAUUGCGCCCGGUCGCAUUGCCCAGUGCUAAAAGAAAAGUUGCUGAUUGAAUUACAAGUGAACUUAUUUUGGUGUGUCUGUGUGUACUGUGUGUGUUCAUCUUCACACAUCGUCGUUCACCGUCUGCGGCUUGUGCUUUGCUGGAACAUCCGCGUACUCGCACCGUCUGUUCCGUCUUCUUGAAUCGGCUCGUCACACGUGCCGACUUUAGUCUCGACCGCAUCCAUCCAGCGCUGGAAGACGAAUAAAAAAAGACUCUUUUUUUGAUUGAGAAUUUGAUUGGAGCAUUGCCCUCGGUUUUUCGUGUUGGUUAUUUUUUCUUGCGUGCGAGUGUUUCUCUUUCUCCCUCCAGUCCCCCCUUUUUUGGUGUCUUGUUAUUUUGUGUGCGGCUGCGGAUGGGAUGUCGCUGAAGGUGACGGGCGUUUACUUCUCGGCUUCGUCUGCCGGACCAGGUCCUGGCAAAAUGAAAGCCACGAUCCGCGCGGCUCGCCACCAUCCACCGCCUCCUUCGUCGCUGGCCCCUCAGCCCAUCCACUAUGUCCACCAUCAGCAGCAGCAGCAGUUGCCCAGCGCUGGCGGCCGGAACAACAGCAGCAGCAACAACAUCAUUUCUGCCAACAGUCCGACUGGCAACCUCGACCAGCAGCCACCGCCGGCCAAAGGCAGCAAAGGCGGCGGCGGCCGGAUCAUCUCUAAUAGCCACAACAAUCACCACCACCACCAGUACCACCACUCUCACCUGCACUCGCAGUCUCUCGACUAUUUGCACCUCAACUUUGAGGAGAAGCGUCAGAUCAUCGCCUCUUCCUUGUCUCUAGUCGACUUCCUAAAUCAUCCGCCUGCCAAAGUUAAAGGUCGCCAUUCUCACACGAACGGGACACACGUCGGCAGUGGCGUCGGCGGGGUGACUGGCGUCGGUAGCGGUCAGACCCUGCCGGCGCCCAUCAACAGCUGGAACAACCUACCGCUGGAAAGGAGCAAGUCCAAGUUUGCCUCGCUCUCCCGCCUCUUCAAACCUUGGAAAUGGCGCGUCCGGCGAAAAUCCGACAAGCUGGAAAGCGUCUCGCAGACGCUGGAGAGGAAGAUGUCCAUGAGGGCUCACCGUGAUGAACUCAUUCAAAAGGGUAUUUUACUGCCGGAUUUGGCCAAUUCGACCACAUCUUCGACCAACGCCUCCAACACUCUUUCCACCAUUGCUGAAUCGAAACGAGACAAGGAUCGAACGAAGGAGGAGAACCAUUCGUCGUCGAGUGAUAGCGGCUAUCAGCCGUACUCUGGCGCCGGAUCGACCAUCACGUCGGCGUCUAGCAACGAUGCGGCCAGUAGUAGGUGUUCCCAAUCCUCUUCUAGCGCACUUGAGCAUCCGCAACAAUCGGAUCCAUCGCCGCCUACUGCCAAUGCCAAUGCAUCCUCCUCCUCUCCUUCCAUGCCUUGCGCUGUUGUUCCUACCGCUGCGUCCGCCACACAUCCUGCAUCCAGCACGUCCACUUCUACGUCGUCGUCGUCCGAACAACGGCCCGUCUCGUUGCAUGUCACAUCCUCGUCUCUUGCAUCCGCACUUCCUGCAUCAUCCAAUUCCACGUCUUCUUCCUCAUCACCUAAACCCAUUUCUUCCACUUCUUCAUCCUCUUACGCUUGGAACAAGCGGACCGGAGGCACGGGCCUGGUCGGGGCGGCCAAAGCUCGCGGAUGGUUGCGCUCCUACCACCAUCCGUCGGCUGUCAGCGCCGCGUCGUCCAAUGCCGACGCGGUCGACAGUAGCCAGAACGGCAGCAGUAGCGCCCCGCCCAGUCCGUCCAACGUGUCGGCCGAGUCGAGCACUAGCGCUUUGUCCGGCGGCGCAACCACGGGUAAUAGCACGAGUAGCACUAGCCAACAGGCGGCCACGACCAGCACGAGUGGCGUCCUGGUCAAUGGUAGCACUUACACCUCCUCCAACUCCACGUCCAAUUCCAAUUCCAAUUGCAAUUCCUCUACGUCUGCAUGCGUGACGCCGUCGUUUGCGGCCAGCCUCAACGCCGCACUGGCCUCGGGACCACUCGUGCCCAGCACCAACGGCCACCAUUCGCAACUGUACGAUUCAUCGUCUUCUUCUCAUUCUUCUUCUUCUCCUCCUCCUGCCUCCUCCUCUUCUCCUUCCGCCACCUCCUACCCCCUAGCAGCCAACGCCAACGCAGCAGCUGGACCUGGCGGUGGCAACCGACCCAACAGCCUGCCGCCCGGAAUGGCGCCAGGUCACGGGCUCCUCUCGGCCCUGGUCGGCCACUCUUCCUCGGCCGGAACGCCGCCGUCGCAGCUGCGUCAGACGACGCAGACCCACUUUGGUAGCAGCUCGACGCCUUCGCCGACGGCCGUGACGUCGACGACUUCAGCGACGACACCACCCACGCUUCCGUCGGCGUCUUCGGCUUCUUCAACUUUUCCAUCGUCUGGCGGCUCCUCUCAGACGACGUCGGCCGCCGCCACCAUGUCCAUGUCUUCCGCUUAUUCACAAGUCGUCAGUUCAAUAGCUCAACGCAACAGUCAAGCCCAGCACCAACAACAAGGUUCCGGUUCGCCAUCUGUCAUGUCGAAGUUGCCCGGAAGGGCAGCCACACUGCCCAUCAUCUCCGUGGCAACGGCGUCGCCCUCGACGACGACGUCGGGAGCCAAUGCGGCGGCUUCGGGUGUCACCACGGUGACGACGUCGACGACCAUCACUGUCGGCUCGCACCCGUCCAACCGAUCUCCGGUCAUCGCCAUGGCCGUCCAACAGACGCCCGCGUCCUCUUCAUCAUCGUCGUCAUCAUCCCAGGCAGCCCAGGAGUCAUCGUCGCAGUCGCAGACGGGCGCCCACGGAAUGCAGCCCAUGAUGACGGACCUGCUGGAGCCGCCGAUUGGCGUGACGGAAAUUGGACCCAUUCCGCCGCCGCCCAUGUUCUCCUCGCCCAGUCCAAUGCUACCUCCUCGCGGAGCCCAUCACUCGGCACCUCCGCCCACCCACGGCAUCCACCUGGCCCAUUUGGCGCCACCCGCCGUGGCCUCUUCAUCGCCCAACAUGCUGACGAGCGUCGGUCACGAUCUUUCGGAUCUUCAGGACGACGACGUUCCGGAAGAGAGCGUCGACGAUAGCGACAGUGAGAGAGGAGUGCCUCCGGCAGCCAAUUGGGUCAGAGCACAGGGACCUAAAGAGCCGUCGCUCCAUGCCAAGCCACUCAAGUCGGCGCUCAAGAAAUCCGGUGCUUCCGGAUCGGCCAGUAACUCACCGUCGACUCCGCCCACGCCGACCGUCAACACUCCGACCCAGGACUCGUCUCCGCACGGAAGUCGGGGUGUGGCAUGGCAACAGGAUCAGCCACCGCCUCCUCCGCCACCGGCCAGGCGGCUCUCACUAAGGCAGAGGAUACGGUUCAGCACGCGACCCCUGCGAUUCGGCAUCAGCCUGGGCGGCAGCAGCAAUAGCAACAGCAAUAGCACGUCGAGCAACGGGCAAGCGGUGAACGGCGGAUCGGCUCACGACCACAAUCACAACAUGCAGCUCAAGUCGGACAACAAUAACCGCGAGUCGAGCGCUGCCGCUGCAGGUGGCGCUGGCGGCGGCCACGGGGUCAACCAUCACCACCACAAUCCGCCGCCUCCGCCUCACCACCACCACCACCACCAUAAUCAUCCGCCACCUCCGCCGCCGCCGGCCAAAGGCCAGAGACCGACCUACCUGCCGGUGCCGGUGCCGACGAUCCCCGUCCAGUGCGACUACGACUCUGACGAGUCGGACGGGCCGAUCCUCUACCGGGACGACGACGUCGACGACGACGAGGAGAACAUGUCUGAAGAAGCGAGACUGAGCGCCCGGAUAGCCCGCAAGGACAGCCUGGCCCUCAAGCUGGCCAUGAGACCCGAUCGGCAGGAGCUCAUCGAGAGGGGCAUCUUGCACGCACAAACCGAGAGGGAGCGACACAUUCAACGCGAAACGAUCGGCGCCCGUUUGACCAGGCGGCUGAGUCUUCGUCCGACGCAGGAAGAACUGGAAGAGCGCAACAUCCUUAAAAGAACCAGUCCGGCGGAGGAGAAGAAGGAAAGGGAAGAGAAGAAGAUGACUCUCUUCCGCAAACUCAGUUUCAGGCCAACGGUCGAAGAGCUUAAAGCCAGAAAGAUCAUACGGUUCAACGACUAUGUCGAAGUGGCCGACGCUCAGGAUUACGACCGAAGAGCCGACCGACCGUGGACGCGGCUCACGCCUCAGGAGAAGGCCGCCAUCCGUAAGGAGCUCAACGAUUUUAAGAGCACCGAGAUGAUGGUUCAUGUUGAUAGUCUUUACAUGAUAAGAUUCCACAAAUGAGUUGUCCGAUUCUCCUUGACUGACGAACUCUGUGAUACUUGCAAAUAAGACUGGACAAAAAAGAGAGAGAGAGAGAAACUAUAAAUUCCCGUGUGCUUGUUUUGAUUGUGAGUGUGUGUCUCUGUGUGUGUGUGUGUGUCUCUCUCUCUCUGUGCCGUUGGGUUGUGCGCCUGGUGUACUAUUAUUCGGCUGCGAGAUGGAAAUUUUCCGGAAUUAUUUGUUCACUAUUUUUGUUUCAAGCAAGAAAAUGACCGUCAUUUUUUGAGCACGCGGAAGAUGCUUCUUUUGUUGACCUACAAAUGUUUACGGUGAAAUUGCUCGCACGGCCACUACAAAUGACUACAUGAUAUCGAAGUGCCUGGGAUUCUUUAACCGGAUGCAUAUAUUUACUUGCUUAUCGAGAAGAGAAAUGUCAAAGGGAGAAAAUUCUAAAAAAAUAAUAAUAAGGAGAUGAAUUGACGGGGGCUGGGAAACGCUUUUAAAUGGUGAUGAUCCCCUCUUUGAUUAUUUGGUAAUUUUGGGGUCCCCCGAUAUUUUCCUACCGUCUUUUCUCCCGCCAUUUUUUUUUUUUUUUCUUCUUUCCUUUGAUUUACUUCUCUUAUUAAUUUUUUUUUGUUGGCGGUGCUGUCUGUAUCUCGUGAUUUCACUUGCCUUCCCGUGGAAGACGGGAUGACGUCAUUGUGUUCGAGUGCACAGCGAGAGAAACAAACGCCAUUUUCCAUUCCAUUAUGAUAUAUUUUUUUUUUCUUUUUCCCUUGGUAUAUUUCUUUAUUUUUUUUUUGUUUGUUGCUGAACUGCUGCUGCCACACCCUCUCUCCUCCUGUCCCUCCUCCAAGCGAAAAAACAAAAUGUGAAAACAAAAAAUCUGCAAUCGAAAUACGAAAAAAUUAUUACAAAUAAAGAAAAAACAAAAGAAAGUGACUCGGAUUUUCGAUCAACGAGUGCUGCACCUGCCCCUCGUCCCCUCCCUCCUGAUCAAUAUUAAAUAUCUAUUAUAAAAUCUAUUUGCGAUUGUUUUUUUUUUGGGGGGGGGGGGGAACGCAGCCUGGGGUGGAAAAUAAGAGAAUUAGUUAUCUGUUUGAUCUUGAUUUGAUUUCUUUCGAUUUCUUUCCUUUUAAUUCGAUUUUUUUUUGCUUUCUUUUUACAAAUGAUUGUACAGACGUUUGUUUCGCUCCGAAUGACCGCAAUCAUUGUGUACAAAGUCGUCGUCUAUUUGCUCCCCGUUCCCCUUUUUGAUUCUCCCGCCACCCCCCACCCCCCCAAUCUCUAAUAAUUCAAAAAUGCCCUUUGCAGUCGUGAACGAAUGAAGACGAACCUAAUCCUCUCCUCCGAAACAUGAGAACAAAUGGAUGCUAUUAUAUCCGCAUAGUAUUAUGUUUAGCCUAUUCCCUUUCAAUGAGAAAUGCCCCAGUCCCGCGAUAUAAAACACAAAAAUGAAUUCUUUUUUUUUCUUGGCCUUUUGGCCCUCCACACUUCUACUUAUCUUGUCCUCCUACUCCCCCCCUCUCUCCAACAAAAAAAAAAAAUGCUCUUGGCUUUGUUGAUCCCGUGCGUGUAGAUGUGUUCAAGUGACUCACCCAAGUUUCUCCUACAUGUCGGUCGCUGGCCCACCCGUUCCCUCCCCUCCCUCCCCCAUCUGCGUCCGUUCACGGCGCCAAUCAAUUCAAUCAUGGUCCCUUUUUUUAUUCAUUUUUUUUUAAUACGAAAGAAAGAAAAAAUUGAAAUACAUUAAUUAUCGAUCA